AUGCUCGAAGAAGCUUUUGCUGGAAAAAAUAUGAAUCAGACGGAGACUAAGUCGUAUCGUCACGGCUAUUGCAAGCCAGACAUGUCUGACAAACAAAUUAUCGGUGGUGGAAAAGUGAAUGCAUUGGUGCACUACACGCCUGGCAUAACGAUUACAGAGACUGGGCAAGUGUCGGACAAAAAGAUGGAUAUGCAUCAUGAGUACGAGUUUGGUGGGCCUUGGGGUGUCACUGCGAUGAUCACGCUUUUCCCGAUGCUAAUGUACUACCUUUGGAUUUGCCUCUGGUUCUAUAAUGGUCAACUUGUGCAUCCUACGAGUUUCGCCGAUAUUGGACCAUUUAUGCAGCGCAUGCUGUCGCAUGUGUAUAAAGAUGCGUAUCCCACAAAGCGCGCGUUCGUUGGCUACGGCGGGUUGAUGGUCCUUGAAUUCACCUUGGCCUACUUUUUGCCGGGCUAUAUGCAAGAAGGUCUUCCAGUUCCCUCGCUAGGGUAUAAGACGCUUACAUACAAAUGCAAUGCUACCUGGAGCUUGUACCUGACUUUAAUAAUUGUUGCUGGGUUGCAUGUUAGUGGUGUUUUCCGCAUCACAGAGAUUAUGGAUCACUUUGGCGAGUACAUGACUGUGAGUAUGAUUGCAGGCUUUGGGGUUAGCUUUGUCACAUAUUUUCACGCCGUUCUGGCCAAUGCAACGCACCGCAUGAGUGGAAAUGUGGUUUAUGACUUCUUUAUGGGUGCGGAGCUAAACCCGCGCAUUGGCCCUGUCGAUCUCAAAAUGUGGGCAGAAGUGCGUAUUCCUUGGGUACUCCUUUUCCUCAUCAGUGUGAGUGGCGCAUGUCAACAGUAUGAUCAAUAUGGCUACGUUACACCCAACAUGCUGUUCAUGGUCCUUGCUACGGGUCUGUACAUUAAUGCGUGCGCCAAAGGCGAAGAAUGCAUUCCGCAGACAUGGGAUAUGUUUUACGAAAAAUGGGGCUUUAUGGUGAUUUUCUGGAACUUUGCCGGCGUACCGUUCACGUACUGCUACAGCAUCGUGUACAUGGCCAGGAAUCCACCUGAGUACUAUCACUUUUCUGCUGCAACCUACCUUUUCAUGUACUCUUUGCUCAUGUUUGCACACUUUGUGUUCGACACGUCCAUGGCGCAAAAGUCGCGUUUCCGCAUGCAAUUGCAAGGCACGCUCAAGGUUCGUUGGGCAUUCCCGCAGUGGCCCUGGAGCACGCUUACGGAUCCCCGGUACCUCCAGACUGAGCACGGCAAUGCACUGCUCCUUGACGGAUGGUGGCAGUUCCUUCGCAAGCCAAAUUACACCGCAGACUGGACACAGUCGCUCUUAUGGGGGGCUAUUGCCGGUACACAUUCUGUUAUUCCUUAUUACUACUCAAUGUUUUUCCUUGCAGUCCUUGCACAUCGCUGUGGUCGUGACUUUGAACGAUGUGCUCGCAAGUAUGGCAAGGACUGGGACAAGUACUGCGAGAUUGUGCCGUACCGCUUUAUUCCGUUUGUGUAUUAG